GCUACAAGGAGCCAUCGCUUUGCAUGAGCCUUGUGAGCCAUGUUGUCCCUUCCGGGCUUCAGCAGCCGGCGCGAGAAUGCCAGCCCAAUGGCCUCCGGUGUCUCUGGCGGCUCUGCGUUGGUCUCCGGCACUGCCCAGACUCUGCUGCCACAGGGGGCCUCCAUGCGCAGCGUGGGGCCAACUUCGGCCGCGUCAGGCUUUGGCGACGACAGCCCCGAUGCCCUGGCACAGUGGCAGACAAUGGUUGACAGCGGCUUCAUCACUGAACAUGUCCAGGUCCGCAUCCAUAGAUUGCUGGACCUGCCACGCAAGUUCGAAGGAGGGCGGCCCUUAGCCUAUCGCAUCCAAAUUGCCGAUGAUGAGCGCGUGCUGGGGAGCCUCUCAAAGCUGGGAGGGAAGGCCCCAGCACAGGACACCAAGGAGACCUUCAACCUGACAGAAAGGGAGGGCACACUCAGUGUGAAAACCAGCAGCGUCAUUCUGGCGAUGGAGCUGCAGUUUGACGAUGGGUCCUCGAUCGCCAGCUGCUCGUUGAGCAGGAUGGACCCCCGAUCAGCCAAAAAGAACACCUACAGCUUUGAGGACGAGCGCAGCAGUCAUCCUGUUUGCGGGGUGGAGCUCACCAUCUUCGAGGGUGGCCAGGACCUCCCAGACCCGCAAAGCCGCAGCCGCCAGACAGGCCCGCCGUUGGCACCCCAAGGACCGCCGCCAGGAUUCCCCCAAGGGGUCGGCAACGCGGCACCACUGCCCAACAAGGUCAUCCCGCCACCCAGCUUCUCUCUGGGUGCUACGCCUACGCCGGAGGUGCCGCCGCCGCCACCCUUGGGCUGGAGAGGCGAAACCACGGCACCUCCGCGCUUGAGCCGCGAGCUGACGCUGCAGGUGACGCAGCUGCUGGACAUGCCAAGCCGACCGGCACAGCAAUAUGUUGUCCGUGUUUUGGACAACUUGGGCCAACUGGCAGCAAGCAAGAAGGUUGGGGGGCCUGACGGGCGCAAGAACAUCCCGUUGAACUGGGAUGGCCACCUGCCGUUGCGCACGGAGUCCCCAUUCCUGACGGUACAGGUGGAAUUUGCCGAUGGCACCGUGAUUGGGUCGUGUCAGAUUUACCGUCCAGACCAGCGAUCCAAGAAGCCUUCUCAGUACCUGCUGGCGGACCCAUCAGGCACUUCAGCUAAUUGUGGCAUCGAGCUGCAGGUCGUGGAAGGGGCCGGACAGGCAUCGCCCAACAAGGCGAAAGCACACGUGGGAGGUGGUCUCGAACCUGGUACUCGUGUAGUUGGGCGUUUGCAACUGCGAGUUCUCGCAGCGUUCCAGCUUCGUGACAAUGCGGCGGCUGCGCCAGCAGUCUUCGUCAAGGCCACCGUUGGUCAGACAACGCGCAGGACCCUCACAGUUGAGGGAACCCGUGAUCCAGUGUGGACAACAAGCAACGAGUUUACCUUUCCCGUGACGGCGGCUGACGGUGAACUUGAGCUGGAGGUCAUCAAUUCGUCUGUGCAGCGCAAUGAGCCGCUCGGCGCUUUGAGCCUGGGCCUUUGGAACGUGCCAAGUGGGCAAUGGCUGCAGCGGCGGGAGAGGCUGAGUAAGGGCGGGGAGUUGGAGUACGCCUUCCUCUUUGAGCCGGCGCAGGUUUCAACCCAAGUGCCCAUGCCCGAGAUGGCCAACAAGGUGGCAGCACCACCAGCACCGCCAUCAGCAUUGCAGCACCUUUCAGACGGCCCCUACGGAGGCUUGCCGCCAGGCUUUUCAGGCCUUCCGGGUUGGCACGGAGAAGUUCCUCCAGGCAGCUUGCAAGUGGGUGACCUGACGCUGCCGCCACUCAUGGCUGGGUGGGAGGCGGCUUUCCAGCCACGGCCCGCUUUGCGCUCCGUGCCCGAGCCGCCGAACCUAAGAGUUGAGCCGCGGCUGGAGGAGCACCAGAUGCUUUUUCCAGACAUGUACCACUAUGUGGGUGACGAGCAUGAUGCGGAAGAGCUCUGGCUGAAGCCUCCGGUCUCCAGCAAGGCAGAUGUCCUUUUUGGCGCGGACCAAGACAUGGAGGUGCUCGCAAGAACAGCCGAGAGGUGGCGGGCUCCUGUUCUUGCACCAGUGGACUUGGACGUGUUCCACGACAAGGUUUUCCCCGACAUGGAUGUGGGCCUUGUGCUGGAUCGCCGCCGGGAGAUGCCUGCACGAGAGUCGAAGACGAAGCACAAGGAGCGGCGUCACAAGGGCUUACCAGACUUGCCGGUAGAUGGCUGGAUGGAGAACAAGCCGAAGCCGCAGCUUAAGGCAAAGGACUCCAAGGACUCCAAGGAGUCCAAGGAGUCCAAGGAGUCCAAGCUGAACGCGAGCGCGAAGGAAUCCGAGCGUCCGCCUUUGAGGCAGCUGGAGGGCAACCAGACCGAAGCCGAAGCCAAGCACGUGUCGCCCAUCACGGAGGCCCGCAGCAAGCGGCGCCGAGCCAAGCUCAAGGUGGAGCGAGAACUGGUGCGGCCCGAGCAGGCGAAAGACAUCGACCAGCAAUUGCAAAGUCUGGAGAUCACAUCCUUGGACCCGCAGUUGCGGCCAGACGCCUUCGAAGCACAGGUUGUGACCUGCUUGGAUGUGGAAGACGAAGGGAAGGAACGGCGUGUAUGGGUUCGCACGCCUUCAGAAGAACCAACCGCAAUGGAGGUGCCAAGAGACAAUGAGUGGCUGGAGCCAUUCCAAGGGCCGGACAUUUGCGUCGGGAUCUCCAGCCGAAAGGGCAAGCGCGGCAGCAUGGACCCGCUUCCCUGCCAGGAUUGCUACAGCCUGACAAAGUUCGCGAGCGAGGUUCUCUACGUUGUUUGCGAUGGGCACGGCCCCUUUGGCCAGCUGGCGGCCUUCAGGGUAGCGCAAAGCUUGCCACACUGCUGGCAGCGCCUUGGGACCGCUGAGCCGGAAGCCCUGGUGUUGGCCUUUCGGGGCGCCAGCGCAGACCUGGUCACCUGGGCGGAAGCCGAAGCCAUCGAUAUCUCUUCGUCUGGGUGCACUUGCAGCGUCGCCUUGCGCCAAGGCUCCGAGGUGCAGGUGGCGUGGCUGGGCGACUCACGUGCAAUGGUGGCGACUGUCUCCGAGACGGCUAAGGUGGACUUGGUAACUACGCCCCACAACACCGAGGACGUGAAGGAAAUGCAACGUGUUCGGAAUGCCGGGGCCAAGCUCAUCCAGGUUCCACCGAACUCGGGCCAUGUCCGCAUCUUCACUCCAGCCUGCCCAGCAAUGUGGGAAGGGGGCGAGCGCACCCCUGGGCUUUUUGCCACCCGAGCGCUUGGAGACACCUCUGGCCAGGCUCUCGGCAUCUCUUGGCAGCCGCACAUCUGCAAAAUGUCGUUUGCGAGGACUCCUGGCUUGGUGAUGCUGGGGUCUGGUGGUCUGUGGGAGAUUUUGGACGAUCGGGCUGGGCCUGGCUCUGAAGCCUUGCAACUGUUGCUGGGGCCUUGCCGCCUCCAAGAGUGCGGCGCCUGUCUUGCGGCAAGCCAGUUUAGCGAGGAGGUGCAGUCCAAGUGGUCACAGGCAGCAGAUGGAUGCAGCGACGAUGUGUCUUGCAUUUUGCUGCACUGGCGCAAGGCCGCCCAAGCGCAAGGCCCGGCGCCCUUGACAGCCCAAACACAAGGCCCGGAGCCCUUGACAGCCCAAACACAAGGCCCGGCGCCCUUGGCAGCUCAAGCACAAGGCCCAGAGCCGUUGACAGCCCAAACACAAGGCCCGGAGCCCUUGACAGCCCAAACACAAGGCCCGGCGCCCUUGGCAGCUCAAGCACAAGGCCCGGCGCCCUUGGCAGCCCAAGCACAAGGCCCGGCACGGGUAUCCGUGGGAGAGGCUGCUGGGCCGCACAUUUCACUUGGAGGCCCUCGCCCGAAGGGUAUAUCCUUGGCAUCCUGGGCAGUUCCACCCGUGGCUGCGCCUGGGGGCACAUCAGAACGACUUGAUCUGGACCCCCAGGCGUGCUUGGCUCCGACACCGCCACAGCCUUCUUCGCCUCAGUCACAGGUUGCUCCGGGCUUCUUCUGCCCCAAGUGCGGCACUCCCAACAAGCUGGCGGCCCGCUUCUGCCGCCACUGCGGCCACAAGCGCCCGGAGCCGAAGGACCCGAGGGAGCCGAAGGACCCGAGGGAGCCGAAGGACCCGAGGGAGCCGAAGGAGCCGAGGGAGCCGAGGGCCAAGGCGGCCAGCGCGCUGGAACGGUAUGCCAUGGCAUCGGGUGCUAUGGCCAGGCCAGCAACCACAACCCCAACACCACAGUUUGCUCCAGUCAGCUCAACUUGACAGCCUUUGCUCGCAUCCUUGACAAGAUACAAGGCAGACGAUGUGGCAGGUGUCACAUGGAUUCAGUGCCAAUGCCCACCGCGCUCAAAUGCGCUCAUGCGUAUGCUAGCUCAAAGCCACCUAGCUGCGAGAUCGGCUUAGCUCGAUGAAUUUGCAUUCAAUCAGGAGGCCAAAGUGCCCUGCAAACGUGCAUCAAAAUAUCGCUGCGAAUCGUGGGCUGGAGUCCAGACCGAGCAACAGCGAACC